ACUUCGCAAACCCUAUAACCCUCCCCUGCGCAGUCACGCUUCGCGCACACUGCGGAUGGCGUGGCGAGGUUCCUUCUCGCGAUCGUUGCUAGCCGCCGCGCGGUCCUCCGCCGCCCGGUCGACGCCGGCGGCGGCGCGAGCUCCGCCUUCGGCAGUACCUCGCCUCCAGCGCCGCCAGCCUUCGUUCGCUUCUCCCCGGAAUCUGGGAGAGCUGGGAUGCAUGCAGUCCUUCCUUCCGCUUUACAGCACGGUGGCCGCUCCUCGACUCACCUCCCACCUCUCGGCCAGCGUGAGGGCGUGCUGUGAGCUUUCUCAGGGGAAAAAUGGAAAAGAUGGUUGAUGGAAGAGACGGGCGUCAUUCAGUGGGAAUCAAUGUGAAAGCCCACGUACUUGAGGAAUUAAGGAUUUGCUGUGCUUCCAAGAGGCGGCGAGAUCUGGAUUAUCAUUUUGUGGAAUGGAAGAGUAGGAGUACUUUUGUUUUUAACUUUGACAUUACAUGUGCCUGCUAUUUCCUUUUGUAGCAGUGUGCAUUCUUUCUACACUUCAAUAAAAGAAUUAUAUUACAUGUGCCUGCUAUUUCCUUUUGUAGCAGUGUGCAUUCUUUCUACACUUCAAUAAAAGAAUUAUGGUGUUUCUUUGUGUGCCA